CGCUCUUUCUUUUGUGUACAUUCAACAGCAUGCCUUCGAUCAAUCGCUGCUUGCCCGCGCUCAGGCGCAUUCGAAUCGCGAACCAGACAUUCCAGCAAUCGGCACAACUUCGAGCAGUUCAACGAGCAUCGCAAGUACGAUGGCAGCACGCCGAGGCAAAGGCAACGACUACCGCCUCCAAUGCAGAACAUAAUCCACCAGAAUCGCGAUCAGGAGUGCCAAACAAGAAGCAGAUCAAGUUUACCUCCGAAUCAUACCCCCAGCUCAAGCGAGACUCACGCUUCAAAGAGUUGACGACAGACGAUGUGAAAUUCUUCAAGGACGUCCUCGGCUCAGAUAAUGCCAUGAUUGAUGGUGUCAGCCAAGAUGCUACCAGUGAGCUCGAGGCAUUUCGAGCAGACUGGAUGCGCAAGUUCAGAGGUCAGACGAAGCUAGUGCUCAAGCCAGGCUCGACAGAAGAAGUCAGCAAAAUAUUGAAAUACUGCAACGACAACAAGAUCGCCGUCAACCCGCAGGGAGGAAACACUGGUCUUGUGGGAGGCUCAGUGCCGGUCUUCGACGAGAUUGUCGUUAAUCUCGGCCGCAUGAACAAGAUCCGUGAAUUUGAUCAUGUAUCUGGAAUCCUGGUGGCUGAUGCUGGCACCAUUCUCGAAGUUGCUGACAACCACCUCGCCGAGCAUGGCCACAUCUUCCCGCUCGAUCUCGCAGCAAAGGGUACAUGUCAGAUAGGUGGUAAUGUUGCCACAAAUGCUGGAGGUCUUCGCUUGCUUCGUUACGGUAGCUUGCACGGGAAUGUUCUCGGCAUUGAAGCUGUAUUACCUGAUGGUACUAUCGUGAACGACCUCGGUAAGCUUCGCAAGAACAAUACUGGAUAUGAUCUCAAACAGCUCUUUAUUGGUGGCGAGGGCACGAUCGGCAUCAUCACAGCAGUCUCUAUCCUCUGUCCUCAACGAUCACCUGCUGUCAAUGUCGCCUACUUCGGCCUAUCAUCGUACGAAAAAGUGCAAGAAGCUUUCAAGGAGGCAAAGAAGUCAUUGCAAGAGAUUCUUUCCGCUUUCGAGCUUAUGGAUGGCAAUUCGCAGAAGAUCAUGACGCGUGCUUCUGGACGCAAGCUUCCUCUUGAAAAUGAAUACCCCUUCUACUGCCUCAUCGAGACAUCAGGAUCGAACGAGGAACACGAUAGCGAGAAGAUGUCGGCAUUUCUAGAGCAUGUCAUGGGUGAAGGCAUCGUCGAAGAUGGUGUGCUGGCGGAGAAUGAGACGCAGGCAGCAAAUCUAUGGGCAUGCCGAGAAGGUGUCAGCGAAGCAUCUCAGCACUUUGGUGGAGUCUACAAGUAUGACGUGUCGAUACCUUUGCCCGAGCUUUAUCAGCUCGUGGCCGACUGCCGGCAACGAUUCAUCGACAAUGGCAUGAUGGACACUGAAGAUGAGAGCAAACCAGUCCUCGAUGUCAUUGGCUAUGGACAUAUGGGUGACUCGAACUUGCAUCUGAACGUGUGCACAAGAUGGUACGACAAGGAGGUCGAGAAGGCCCUUGAACCUUGGGUAUUUGAAUGGAUUCAGAAGCGCGAAGGCAGCAUCUCUGCUGAACAUGGUCUUGGAUUGACGAAGAAGGAUUACAUUGGAUACAGCAGAAACCAGACUAUGAUCGAUCUCAUGAAGCAGAUCAAAAACCUAUACGACCCGCCGCCAAAGAGUGCGGCAGGAAGCACGCCGAGAAUCGUCGCCUUUAUCGAGCGAAGUGGCAGUUCGCACCAAAGAAUCUUCCGCCAUAUUCAACGAAUCAUCAAGAAUGCGGACAGGAAUCUUGACGCAGAGUCGCACGGCACGGUCAAGCAAAGUCUGCAUAAUCGCGAUCUUCACAGCGCAACGUCUAUGUUCACAAGGCCUAGUUUAUAA